AUUCAAACCAGUUACUUCGCUCUGCCUAUUUGUCACCUUGCUGCAUUGGUAUCUUUAAUAUUCCCCUCAGGCUUAAAAGCCUCUUGUCACAUCGAAAAUGUAUAGUGGGAAGGGGAAGUGACGUUUCCUAAAUUGUACAAUAGCAAGAAAUGGAAUCGCAGAAAGGGAAGAAGAGUGAGAAGCAGAAGGAGGAAAAGAACUCUGUUACUGUCCUUUGGUUCCUGGCAUUGCACAUCUUCAGGCACAUCUAUGCAUAACCAUGCACCACCAAGCGACAGGAGAAUCACUCUCUGCUGAGUGAGAUCUCAGCCCACUUCUGAUCUUUAAUAGAUUCCUGAGGAUGGGACUGAAGAAAUGGCCUAGGGUGACACCUAACGGCCAAAAGAAACCCUGUAUUACAACAACACAGAAUCCGUACAUUUUAUCCAUGAAUGACUGUGAAGAGCUGACAGCAAGCUCGGCUCCUCCUCCUCCUCCUUCUCCCGCUCCUCCUCUCUGUCCUCCUGCAUUCAUUUGAGAGCAAACUUGUGGAGCUGCUAAAUGUGUCACAAGGGCAAAAAGAACUCACCUGACGUUUCUUGGACCUUCCCAGCUGGAUAGGACUAGCUUCUAAUAUUUAUUUCUAGAGAAGGGGGAAAAGGAGAGAGAGAGAGAACUCUUUGGUUCAGGAGUUGCUAAAAGAAACAAAGCAAAAUGUGAGCUAAAGGAGGAACAAAUGAAGUAAUUUGGAAGGAGAGCAGGAUUUAUCCUGCAGGUGGAAAGGUACUCACAACUAUAUACAUCAACUGCAUCUACAGAUCCAGGUGAAGGAUCCAAAGCGAGAAGGAGUAAACGGGACUUUGAAAAAAAAAAUAGAGGCAAAGGGCCAAAUGGGUGUAAAGGGGCCUUCAGGAAAAGGAAAGAAGCACUGAAAGGCCUGGUCCCAAGAAAGGGGAGGCUCUAAAGGACACACUGCACUGCAGAGAAGGCGUCUCUCUCUUCUCAGUUCAGCCUUGCAAAAGAUUCUGGGUGGGAAGCAUCUACCAUGAAUUCUUCUUUGUAUUGUUCAAAUUGUUCCUUGGGCAACGCCACCUUGGAUUCACAAGCCAAUCAAACUUCAGUCAUAAAACGGAACGAGGACAUUGCCAAGGUAGAGGUGGCGGUGCUGUGCCUCAUCUUUUUCCUUGCCCUGACGGGAAACUUAUGUGUGCUGCUGGCGAUCUACACGACCCGCCACAAACAUUCCCGCAUGUACUUCUUCAUGAAGCACCUGAGCAUUGCUGACCUAGUUGUGGCCCUCUUCCAGGUGUUGCCUCAGCUCAUUUGGGACAUCACCUUCAGGUUCCACGGGCCAGAUUAUCUCUGCAGGUUGAUCAAAUACCUGCAAGUGGUGGGGAUGUUUGCUUCCACCUACAUGCUGUUGCUGAUGUCGCUGGAUCGGUGUUUGGCCAUCUGUCAACCCUUGAGGUCUUUACAUCGGAGGUCGGACCGGUUGUCUGUGCUCCUCACAUGGGUGGUGUGCCUCCUCUUCAGCAUCCCGCAGCUCCAGAUAUUUUCUAUGAAGAAUGUGUCCCACGGGGGGAUGGACUGCUGGGCAACAUUCAUCCAGCCUUGGGGUCCUAAAGCCUAUGUCACCUGGAUGACCUUGACUAUCUACAUCAUCCCAGUGAUUGUGCUCAGUGUCUGCUAUGGCUUGAUCAGCUUCAAAAUUUGGCAAAAUGUGAGGCUGAAAACCGUCCAUGAAACAAGUGUGAGUCUAACCUCUAGUAAUUCUCAUGGAGGCACACUCUCCAGGGUGAGCAGUAUCAAACUCAUUUCCAAAGCCAAGAUACGGACAGUCAAAAUGACCUUUAUUAUUGUCUUAGCCUUCAUCAUGUGCUGGACUCCGUAUUUUAUUGUGCAGAUGUGGCUUGCAUGGGAUGAAAAUGCUCCAAAAGAAGAUUGGACGUUCAUAAUCACCACGCUCCUAGCAAGUCUGAACAGCUGUUGUAACCCCUGGAUCUACAUGCUUUUCACAGGCCAUCUUUUCCACGACCUUUUGCACCGAUUCCUUUGUUGUUCUUCACGGUACUUAAAAGCUCGGCAAGGAUGUGACCUGAGCGUCAGCAAGAAAAGCAAUUCGUCCACUUUUGUCCUGAGUCUCAAAAGCUCCAGUCAAAGGAGUUUUACCCAGCCAUCCACAGGAUGAGCUAGAGAGCUCCAGCUUCUCUAUUAGACGAUACUAAAAUGUUUGGCUACAAAUGGCUUUGGUAUCUAUCUACUUAAAAAAAAUGGGGCAAAGUGAUAUGGGUGCAUGUAAGUCUGGGCAUAAAUAUACUGUAUGUGUAAAGAUGAGUAUAUAUAUAUGUGUAGGGUAUUUGUUUAUUGACAUGUAAGGUAAUAGCUGGCUAUAGUCUGAUUCAAAAUAAGUAAUUUGACCCUUCAAGAACUUGGAAGUGCUAUUCCUGUCUGGCCCAGGCAGACAAAUUUGUAAUAUUUGAAGAACGCUAUAUUUUCUACAUUUAAGCCAAAUAAUAGUUCUCAUGCAAAACAUACAAGGAUUGACCACAACGCCGAUGGGUUCCACAGAUUAAUGAAACCUACAAACUGAGCAACAGAUUACACUUACAAAUAACAGGAACAAAAAGAAAAUAUUGUCUCCUAUUGUAAAGGCAGUAAUCGUUGUUAGUCGCGAAGUCAUGUCUGACCCAUUGCAAUCCCAUGGACAACAUUCCUCCAGGCCUUCCUGUCCUCUACCAUCCCCUGGA